UUGGCGCUAAUUGUUCAUACGAAACAAUAAAACGAAAAUUUGCCGGAGUGUUGAGUCACGUUGUGUUAACACUCAGUCUGGGGUUUACAGAUUUCUUCUUGUUAAAAGUUGUCGUUAGCUCAAGGGUUUCCGCUGAUGCAAUCCUUGUCUCAAGUAUAUUGUGAUUCUCGACUUCAUUUUCAACUUCCAUGGAAUUCCAACAAAACCCACUAUGUUUUCUCAAAAUCAAACUUAAGAAGACCCAAAAGGUUAAAUCUAUCAUGUUCUUUGAAAACUUCAUACGGGUUUGAGUCUGAAAGAAUUGAAAGAGGAGAGAAACCAGAAGCAUUCAGUCUUCCAGUUGUAAUUCGUACUUCUGGUAAGUCUUCUCGUUAUUUUUGGGAUGGAACCCAAUUAAAAUUGGUAUCUUUUGAUGAUACUCCUUCAAAUUCUGAUGAAUUCGAUUAUGGGUUUCGUAAAUUGUACCAAUUUUAUACUUCGGCUGUUCGGGAUUUCUUUAUUCCUCAUCAAGUUCAGGAAAACUAUAUGGAAUAUGUGAAGUGGAAAUUCUUGCAUGCGGUUUUCAGUUCUGCACUUCGGGUUCUCGCCACCCAGGCAAUGUUUCGAGCAAUGGGGUUUGGCUAUUCCAAGUCCCUUCCUUCAGCUGCUGCAUUGAACUGGGUACUGAAAGAUGGGCUGGGACGGCUUAGUCGAUGCAUUUAUACUGCCAGCCUUGCUUCUGCAUUCGACACUAAUUUGAAGAGGGUCAGGUUCUCAACGUCCAUCAUGUUUACAUUAAGUAUUGGCGUUGAAUUGCUGACUCCUGUUUUCCCCCGCUAUUUCUUGCUUCUUGCAACCAUGGCCAACGUUGCGAAACAAAUUAGCUUGGCUGGUUACUUGGCAACCGGUUCCGCUGUACAUCGAAGUUUUGCAGUGGCCGGUAAUCUCGGUGAAGUUUCUGCAAAAGCACAGAUUCAAACAGUUUGCUUUGAUAACGUCGGUCUCAUGCUUGCAGCAUUUUUGAACUUGUUGUGCAAGAAUAAUGAAAGAUUACUAGCUGUACUUCCCUUUGUUGUUUACCCAAUUUUCUCAGCAAUCGACCUUUUAGGAAUCUAUCAAGGGCUCAAGCAUGUACAUCCACAAACAUUGACAAAGGAUAGACUUGAGAUCAUACUGGAUAGGUGGAUUCACUUGAAGCAUAUCCCAUCACCAGCAGAGGUUAGUAAGGAGGAAGGCAUUGAUUUUCCGUGGAGAAAAGGUAGAGUGCUUUGGCCAAUUAGAAUCGGUUGUGUAGACCCCAAGGAUCCAAUUCCCAAGAUUUCAAUGUUGACAAUGCAGUCUUUGAGAGGGGAGGAUUCUUACUUCAUAUGCUUGGAGACCACCCCAAAAGGUUUCAGAAGUAAUAAGCAGCAAGGUGUUCUUCUUUGUUUACGUGAAGGAUGUUCCGUUACUGAUAUUAUCAUGGGUUUGCUGCAGGCAUGUUAUAUCCGUGAGGAACUUCGCCGCAGAGACAAGUGGAAGCAAAUUAUGGAAACCAAUGUUGUGUCGGAGUCUCUUCUUAGUGAGUGGUUUAAGAUGGUCGAAGAUGUCAAACGAUGUGCUUGUACAUUAGAGGAUGUUGAACUAUUAACGGAAGAACUUCACAGAUCUGGUUGGUCCGUCAAAAACAUCUUGUUGAGUGUGCAGGAACAGGUCCGCUAUAAUAUGUCAUAGAAAGGAAGCUUGGGAUUUUAAACAAGGCAGUGAGUUCAUACACUAAUAGAGUAUCUUGGCAACACCCUUCUCAAGCAUGGAGGUAACAUUUUUGCCCAUUAGUGCUAGUUUUGGUUGCGAAAAACAUGUAUAUAUUUUCACUUCUUAACCUGCCAGCCCAACCCAGUAAGAAGAGAAACUCAUCUUUGUUAAAAACAAGGAUGAAUCAUUCGGUCAUGCUUUAAGGUUUGCAUUCUUUGUUUGUGUGUAUUAAGAAAAGGAAAAAAUCUUUUCUCAAAAUAUUCAUCGGAUCUAUGACAUGAUUACCAUAACGUUUUUCCAAUAUAAUAUAUUUGA